GGCAACGCUGUCCCGCUGAUCCUACAGGAUCCAGACGUGGGCUCGGACACAGCCUCGGCUUCAGUCGCGGCCCGGCGAGGCGAUGGCCAAGGUAUCGGUGCUGAACGUGGCGGUGCUGGAGAAUCCGAGCCCUUUCCACAGCCCUUUCCGGUUCGAGAUCAGCUUCGAGUGCAAUGAGGCUCUGGCGGACGACUUAGAGUGGAAGAUAAUUUAUGUUGGCUCAGCUGAGAGUGAGGAGUUUGAUCAAAUCCUAGACUCAGUGCUGGUCGGCCCUAUCCCAGCAGGGAGACACAUGUUCGUCUUUCAGGCCGAUGCUCCCAACCCAUCCCUCAUCCCUGAGAGCGACGCCAUUGGUGUGACCGUGGUCCUCAUCACCUGCACCUACCAUGGGCAGGAGUUCAUCCGUGUGGGCUACUACGUCAACAAUGAGUACCCCGACCCAGAGUUGCGGGAGAACCCACCCCCAAAGCCAGACUUCUCUCAGCUCCAACGUAACAUCUUGGCCUCGAAUCCCCGAGUGACCCGUUUCCACAUCAACUGGGACAACAACACGGACAGGCUGGAGGCCAUAGAGAACCAGGACCCUGCCCUAAGCUGCAGCCUCCCCAUCAACUGUACCCCUGUCAAGGGCUUGGGUCUCCCUGGCUGCAUCCCUGGACUCCUCCCCGAGAACUCCAUGGACUGCAUCUAACUGAGGUCUUAACUGGGGGACUCCAGGCCCUACCUGGGCCCAGCUAGGACUAUGGCCAGUCUCCCAACACAUCUGGAGUGGGCAGUUAGGCCUCCCAGAGAGUCCUCUGGGGGCCAUCUGGAAGACUUUGGGGCCAUCAACUAUAUUCAGGCCUAUCAAACUUAUCCCUGAGGAAAGAAUGGACCUCGGGUCUCUCCCAACCUCAGCCCAGAAAGAUUAUCUCUCCUUUACUGCCCAUAAAAAGCAGGUACUUGAAUUAAUUCUCUAACUUGUGUCCUUUCUCUUCCACACAUAACCCAAUAUGUCACCACGCUCCCAUAUAAGUACCAUUGAGCCAGAGCUAUUCCCACAGACCUCCCUGGCCUUCCUUGAGGCUUUCUUGGUCAAUGGUUCCAGCCCUGUAGAGCUAAAGACUCUGUCAUUUCCCUUCCCAAACAUUUGAGUAGAUCCACCCAGCUUUCUGGAGUCA